GAAGACACAGACGGUCUACUUGGACAUGGAUCCUCUGCUGAUGGUGUUGCUGUUGCUAUGGAGACCAGGACUCCGGGCUGAAGGACGACAUAACCCAAACGGUUCUCAGGAGUGUGAAACCACAGCCAAAGCUGACAUUGUGGUGUUGGUGGAUGGCUCUGGGAGCAUCGGCCGUUCAGACUUUGAAACCUUGAAGACCUUUCUCGCUGGAAUGGUCAGCAAUUUCAACAUUGGCCCAGACCGAGUCCAGAUUGGUCUGGUUCAGUACAGUAGUAACACAAGGACCGAGUGGCACCUGAACACCCACCAGACAAAAUAUUCCUUGCUGAAGGCCAUCCCCAAUCUGGUACAGCUACAAUCACAAACCUUCACAGGACUGGCUCUGAACUACAUCCUUCAAAACAACUUUAAACCCAAUGUGGGAAUGCGAGCAGACUCCAAAAAGAUUGUUGUCUUGAUCACUGAUGGAGAGGCCAAUGACAACACACUCCUCCCCUCACAGAAACUGAAGGACGCCGGCAUUGAGAUCUACGCUAUUGGUGUGACGAAUGCUAAAAGGAAGGAGCUAAGUUACAUUGCCUCCGAUCCUAAAGAAAUUCACACGUACUAUCUCAGAGACUUUUCAUCCCUCCGGGGCAUUGCUGACGACCUCACCAUCAACAUCUGUAAUAGCUUAGUGUUUGUCAGGCUAGUGAAUGGGACCAGUCUGUGCUCAGGCAGGCUGGAGGUGAACACUAACCAGUCUACCCAGCGCUGGUCCUCAGUGUGUGAAGAUGACUUUGACCAGCAGGAUGCAGAGGUGGUCUGUAGGGAGCUUGGCUGUGGGGCUCCUUCAGUCCUCCAGGGGGUGCUCUAUGGAGAAGUGGAAGCUCCAAUGAGGACCAAAGAGUUCCAGUGUAGAGGCAACGAGUCUGCUCUUCUAGACUGUAGAAGCUCAGGGUCAGAUAGAAACACCUGCUCACCUGGAAAAGCUGUUGGACUCACCUGCUCAGAUCCUGUCAGAUUGGUGGGAGGAUGGAGUCGCUGUACUGGAACACUGGAGGUGAAACAGGGAGACUGGAGACCAGUAGAUGGCUCUGACCCGACCUGGGAAUCAGCAUCUGUUUACUGUAGAAAGCUGAGCUGUAGCUCUCCUCUUUCAGUAGGAAGGAGAGAUGACUCCUCCAACAGAUCUGCAUGGAAGAUCAACUCCGACUGUGUUCUGUCCGGAUCUGGUCUGAGGGAGUGUGUAACCCCAUUGUCUUGGUCUUCUUCCAUCCUUGAGCUCACCUGUUUACAUCCAGCAGCUGUUAUCAUCAGACUGGUUGUCCUGCCGCUGACUCUGCUGUUGUCCACCAUUGUCAUCUAUUUCAUCAUGAAGGUCCAGGCCACCAGGGGGCAGAUGUCGGACCCACAGGAGAACAUCGAACUGGAUUAUUAUAACCAGAGCUGAAGGAGUGCCAGCUGCUGAGGAAGGAGCCCAGUCAGCAAAGUAGGACCUCCAAAGAGAUCAUCUCAUACAAAUGGAUUUCUCAGCUGCCACACAACUGCAUAUCAACUCAGUCAAUGAUUUUAAAUUGUUUCACAGAUGUUCCCUUUAAACUAAUACUGAUAUGACAACAGGAAGAGAAAACUGAAGAAUAAAAUCAUCUUCGGUUUCAUCUCUCCUCUUAAUCUGGUUCUCCUCUAUCUCUACUCUUAAGUGAUAAUCCAACCAAGUUGCAACUAGUAGUAAUGUCCAUAUUGAAUGAUUCCGUUGAGAGAGAUUGCAAAAAAAGGUGCAAAUUCAGAGUUGUAGCGACAGAGGGGGACAGAGACGCGCUGGAAACAAUAUCCCCAAUGUGGCCGUAGGUCAUAGAUGUAAUUAGAAAUAAAAAUAAUAUGGAUAACGAUAAUCAAACCAAUUGACAGCAGUAACACAAAUAUAAGCGAACUGUAUCGUGGCAAUAGUUUAGACGGUCACGGUUCACACGUUACGUUGUCUGAAACUUUGAGUAACAACCUCUUUUUUCAUACUAUUUUAUCGUGUUUUUGCUUUGAUCAUUAUGUUGCUUUCAAUUCAAUUAAGCUGCAUAAUCUGUGUGCUUGUUACGUGAUUGCAUUGCCUUGAAUAAGUAACGGAUUGCUUUAGCAUACUACACUCUUAAAGUGUUGCUGAAUUUUUAUUAUCAUGAGAUAUUAUAUCAAUUUCUGUAGUAUGUUGUAGCAUUUGCUCGUUUCAUCCAAGGCCUUUGUUCAUGUUCAAUUUCUCAGGCCCUUGAGCUCUUUAAACCUCUGAUUAUUAAUAAUCUUAAGAGUGUUUCUCUAAUUAGACAUGGUUGU